CUCCACACUCACCCUGGUAGGCGAAUUGCUCACACUAGAGCUGUGUCUCAAGGGCAGCAUGAGCCUGAAAGCUACAGGGCGAGGUUGGUUCCCACCAGGGCAUCCCGAGGCCAGGAGAGUCCUGGUUCAUCCAGUCGGGAACUUCCUGCUGUCUUACUACCAGUGUCCUCCAACUUGUUGCGGGACCCACCAGCUCAUCGUGGUCCAGGUGCCUUCCCUGAGGCCUGGCCCUGGGGCGCACCACGGCUGCCUUGCUGCACCUUCGGAGCUACAACACUGGCGACCCCAGCUGGCCUGGAGGAAGAUGCUCUGCUCUGAGACAUUGACGACAUCCACCACGUCUUCCUCCUCGUGGUCUUCCCCCUCCUCCUCGUCGUCGUCGUCUUCGUCAUCCUCAGCCUCAGCUCAAGAGAAGAAGAGGGUCAUCCAUAUGGCUAGCCCCAGCCUGGCCAACACCACUGUGGCUGCCAAGAGGACCUUCAGCAGCGGCAGAGCCACAGGUCAGCCGCCACACUUCAACAUAGUCACUCCACAGCAAGCUAUCUACAGCAAUACUUUUUCUGGAGCGAAGAAGCCCAUCCUCACCAAGGAAUUUAAGGACAAGAUCCCUGUUGCCUUGCGUCAGCACUACUUGGGCUUGUUCACCGAGGUGUGCCUUAAGUUCUCCUCUUCACAUCUGGAGGCCAUCGAGAAGGCGCAGUCAGAGGAGAAAGUGAUCUACGACCAGAGUCCCAGCAAGAACAAGUACCUGAAUGUCGCCCUGCACACGCUGAAGAAGCUCAGGGGCCUGGUUCCCAGCGCCAUCCCGGGUCUCAGCAAGGCCACCCUGUACAGCCGCCUGAAGGGCUAUCUGCUCACUGAGGAGCAGCGGAAGGAGCAUGGCUUUCCGUUCGCGCAUCCGGGGAAGCCUGGGUCAGCAAUGCUCUUCACAGGAGAGCAGCUGCUGAGCCCGACACACAGGGCCUGCUGCCGCUGUGGCACCCAGUACCUCGUGUCAGCCUCGGGCCGCUGCCUCUACUCGGAGCCCUGCGUGUACCACUGGGGGCGUGUCCUCUCCAUCCCCGUGCAGGGAGGCUGGCAGGUGCGUUACUCGUGCUGCUACGCGCCCUUGGAAGCCACAGGCUGCAAGGUGGCCAAGCAACACGUGCAGGACGGCAGGAAGGACAACUUGCAUGGCUUUGCCAAGACCUUCCCGAAGAAGGACUGGGAAGCGCAUGCGGGAAUCUACGCCCUGGACUGUGAGAUGUCCUACACCACACACGGCCUGGAGCUCACCCGCGUCACAGUGGUGGACACUGAUUUACACGUGAUUUACGACACCUUCGUCAAGCCGGACCAUGAGAUCGUGGACUACAACACCAUGUUUUCCGGAGUGACAGAGGCAGACCUGGUGAACACCAAAGUUAGACUGUGUGAUGUCCAGGCUGUGCUCCUUAGCCUGUUCAGCACUGAAACCAUCCUCAUUGGACACAGCCUUGAGAGUGACCUGCUGGCUUUGAAGUUCAUCCACGGCACUGUGGUGGACACUUCCGUGCUCUUCCCGCACCACCGAGGCCUCCCCUACAAGCGCUCCUUGCGGGGCCUCAUCUCUCAGUACCUCAGCCAGAUGAUCCAGACACACAGCGGUGGACACAGCUCCAUCGAGGAUGCCAGAGCCUGUAUGCAGCUGGUGACCUGGAAGUUGCAAGAAGAUGCCAAGACCUCUAGCCCCUCUCAGCAGCAGGCCGCUUGCCAGAAGAGCGAUUCUCUGCGGAAGCUGCCAGUUUGCACUAGCCGAUACACCCAGACGCCCAAGAUGCCGGAGAUGCCUGAGAUGCCAGGCAUGUUGUACCUGGAAGAAAGUGAUUCAGAUGAACCUCCCCAGCUAGAGACUUGAUGACUUCUCUGUGUUGAUUAUGUGUAUGUAGGUGAGGAGUGGAUGCCAUACAGUUGUUAAAUGUUUAGUCCAAGCCUGAAAUCUUGCAGUUAUGCUGUC